CACUUUGAUGAGCAGAAGGAUGAAGUGGCUGUGGAACAGAUACUUCGGGUUGUAUUUCUAGAUGUGGAACGUCCUAGCCCAGCUCUAGAAAAACUGAAGCGGCAGUUGGCUGAAGCUGAGGCUGAGGCUGAAUUGGAGGCUCGCAAGAAGCCUCUAGAAGACGCAGGUCCAACAUUUAUUGGUGAAGGACUUGUCAUUGAUGAAUGGAAAGAAAGAAGAGAAAGAUAUCUAGCACGUCAACAAGUUGAAGGGACAGACUCUGUAUUACUGUAGGUUUGUUGUUCUCCUGCUGCUGGAAAUUUCUGUUCUGGGCUUUAGAUGAGUAUAAUGAACUUUUUGUAUCAAUGAACACUUUGUUACAAGUGUUGGUAGGAGAUAUUUGACUGUCAGUGGGACAACUGAGUAAAAACUGUAAUUUUUAGGCGAUGAGUUUGGCCUGUUGCCAC